CUGAAUUCAUAUUUGUUUUUAGUGCUUUUGAUUUUGUAUCAAAUAGAACCUCAGAAGGCAUCAACAGUUGUUUACCUGAUAGGGCUGGCACAGCUUAAACUGUUGCCCUGGACCUGUUGAGGAAAACACAUCGCCAGAGGAGGGGCUCCAGAAGGAGACGGGCCACCAGCAGAUCAAGCAGGAAGCUUGAGCAAAGGCUUUGUGGCGUAAUGAGGACUGCCAGGCGUGCCAGCAAUGUGGAGGUGCCAUCCUUUCUACGGCAGUUGGCCAAAGAAACUGAGAGGAUAGUUACAUUCUUCUUCAAAGGGGGGGCCAGGGAAAGGGGAUGUGAGGAGGAAGACAAUUUAGAUGAAGAGGAUGCAAUGCCAAGCCCCUACCUGGAUCGACCUAUAUUGGAGAAACAUGUUGCAGAAGGGGAGUCUCAUUCGGGGUUGAACUAUGCUGUUGCAAGCAUGCAGGGCUGGAGAGCUCAGAUGGAGGACGCCCACACCUGUAUGCCCCAGCUGAAGGGAGAACUGGAAGACUGGGCCUACUUUGCUGUUUUUGAUGGACAUGCAGGCCUUACAGUGGCCCAGUAUUGCUCCAGAAACCUUCUGGAUCACAUCCUGACAACAGGUGGGAUCAAAGCAAAUGAAGACCCAGAACAGGUAAAGGAUGGAAUCCGUGAAGGAUUCCUGGACAUUGAUCGCCACAUGCACAAAAUGGCUCGCCAAGACAGCUGGGACAGAAGCGGCUCAACCGCAGCAGCUGUCAUGAUUUCUCCACGUUUUAUUUACUUUAUCAACUGCGGUGACUCCCGCACCUUCCUCUGCCACAACGGGCAGGUGGUCUUCUACACAGAGGACCACAAGCCGUUCAACCCAAGGGAAAAGGAGAGGAUCCAGAACGCCGGAGGCUCAGUGACCCUGCAGAGGAUUAAUGGCUCCCUAGCAGUUUCCAGAGCACUGGGAGACUUUGACUUCAAGGAGGUUGACUGGCGACCACAGACAGAGCAACUGGUGUCACCAGAGCCGGAAGUGUACGAACUGGAAAGAACACCUGAAGAUGAGUUCCUAAUUCUGGCAUGUGACGGCGUGUGGGACGCCAUUGGUAACGAGGAACUGUGCGCAUUUGUCCGCAACCGCCUCCAGGUGUGCGAUGACCUGAGAGAUAUAUGUGCCCAAGUCAUUGAUCUCUGCCUCUAUAAGGGCAGCUUGGACAACAUCAGCAUCAUCAUCGUAUGCUUCCCUGGCUCCCCCCACGUGUCACAGGAGGCACUGCAGCGAGAGGCAGAGCUGGAGCAGCACAUUGACAUGAAAGUGGAAGAAAUCAUCCAGAUGAUGCGGUCUAAGGAGGAAGACCCGGACCUUCUGUAUGUGAUCAAAUUCUUGGCUGCAGAGGAGAUACCAGGGCUCCCACCAGGAGGGGGCAUCACCAGCAAGAGAGACUGUAUCAUAGCAGCUUACCAGAAACACGUCAUGAAUCACAGGACUCAGGAACCUAUGGACAUCGGGGGAUCAGAGGAGGACUCUAACUAACACUGUGACCACAGAGUCAACAGCUUUACGUUUUAAAGAGGAUAAUUCUUCCUGUGAUAUACAUGUCA